CAAGCUCUAUCGCAUGAAUCCCUCCCGCCUAAACAACACGAAAUACGCCGAUGUGGAUGUAUUAUUCUUUAAUCGUGUAGCCAAAGUAGGCAGCGAAUCUCUGAUGGAACUUUUGCAGAAAAUGGAGGAGCGUAAUAAUAUUAAGGUUAUAAACACCAGUCCGGUACAAAUACCGGCACGUAUUAGAACGCCAGCCCAAGAAAGUAAACAAAUCCAUUGGAUAGCUACACUAGAGCCGGGUGCUGUUUAUAUAGAACAUUGCAAUUGGUUGAACUUUACCAAAUAUCAAUUGAGAAAACCCAUUUAUAUUAAUCUAGUACGUGAUCCCGUAGAACGUAUGAUCUCAUGGUAUUUCUAUAUAAGAGGUGCCUAUAAGAAUGCCAUUUACUAUAAUAAACAUCCAGAGGAACCGAUUAAGCCGGUAGCAUGGUUUAAGAAAAAUUUCAAUCAUUGUGUACGCAGCGGUGAUCCCGAGUGUCAAUAUGUACCCUAUACCGUUAAAGAUGUCGAGGGUAAUCAUAAACGUCAGUCAUUGUUUUUCUGUGGCAAUAAUCAGGAAUGUGUACCUUUUGAUUCGCCCUAUGCUAUACAAUUGGCUAAACAUAAUGUGGAACGUGAUUAUGCAGUAGUGGGUACCUGGGAGGAGACCAAUAUUACUUUAACCGUGUUUGAGCACUACAUACCACGUUUCUUUAAGGGAGCUAGAGAAGUUUUUGAAUUACACAAUGAACAAGUACGUAAUCGCAAUCGCAAUAAUCGGAAACCCAAAAUCGAUGAUGAUGUCCGUCAAAUGAUGAGGAAGAACUUUACCAAUGAAUAUGAUUUCUAUUAUUUCUGUAAACAAAGAUUAUAUAAACAAUAUUUGGCACUAAAUAUUGAUAAAAAGUACCCACAUUAUUAAGGGGAAUUAUACAAAACCCCUAGACACCUUUAGUACAAUUUUGAAUAAAUAAAACUGAUUCUUA